UACUUCCGGGAAUUUUUGCUUAUCCUUUUGGAUUUUGUUUACUUUGUUAACUUUGGGCAUUUUAUUCAUUUGCAUUUAAUAAUGCGCAGAAAUUCCGUAAAUAAUGAUACAUAAAUGUUUAUAAAAAUGUGAAAAUGCUGUGAAAAUGACAAAGAUAACUAUAAAGCAAGAGAAAAUAUGUCUCUUCUUACUGGUUCCUGCAAAUGUGCUAUAUGUUGUCGCACUGUUUAGUCAUGCAUGGUUUAAGUUACCGGGAGUAUCAUAUGGACUUUGGUGGGCUGUAUUUUGCGACUUCCUUGCUUGCAAUAUUGUUCCUGCCUUUUUCACUGAGGAGCCUGUAUGGUAUCACAUUGUACAGUUAUUAAGUUUGAUAGGAUGGUGUGGAAUGAUCCUGUCUUUGAUGAUGAUGUUUAAACAUUUUACUUUAAUUGACAAAUAUAAUAUUAGGAGGCAGCAGGCUGUAGCAGUGGUGUGUAUUUUAUCAGGUUUCACUAUAUCACUUCUACUUAUGAUGUUUUAUGGAAAGCUUGAUGAAAUGAGUACAGCAGAAGUUCCAAAAAUACACUGGUCAGCUAUCUUAGCAGGAGUAGCAGGUCUGCUGCAAUUUAUUAAUGGACUACUUCUGGUACAGUGAAUGUGUGGAUGUUAUGUUUUUUGGACUUCAAUAUCAACUAAUGAGUUGAUAAAUUUCAAGCUCAUUUAUUGGCAAAAACUUCUUAAUUUGUGAUACUGAAUAUAUACCGGUACACCAUAAGAACUUUGAAAUUUAAUUUGAUAGCUAGUCAAGUUUUGGUGCCAUUUCCAUUUGAAACACUGCCUAUCCACAAUGAGCUUACAAAUCAGAUAAACAUUGAGAAAAUGUGUACUGGUACAUUAAUAUUAAAUCGUUUUUUUUAUUAUGCCCCUUUUAUGGGCAUUAUGUUUUCUGGUCUGUGUGUCCGUUCCUCCAGUGCAUUCGUCUGUUUGUUCAUUCAUCUGUCCGUACAUUUGUUUUUCCAUCUGUCCCGCUUCAGGUUAAAGUUUUUGGUCAAGGUAGUUUUUGAUGAAGUUGAAGAGUCCAAUCAACUUGAAACUUAGUGCACAUGUUCCCUAUGAUAUGAUCUUUCUAAUUUUAAUGCCAAAUUAGAGUUUUGAACCCAAUUUCACGGUCAACUGAACAUAAAAAUGAUAGUGCUAUUUGGGCAUCCGUGUACUACAUUAUGUAUGGACACAUUCUUGUUAUUUAUGAAAUCAUUUUGACUAAACAGAUUUAAAUUUCUUGUUUUCAUAAGAGUCACCAUUAUACUCUAUAUAACACUUUUUUUUACAUUAUGACAAUAAGGGAGUUUGACCCUUUUAAUGCUGAAAGAUUGGCUUGUCCACAUUGAGUUUGCUUGCUCCAUUUUGAACAGACAGUACAAAGUACCAGUAUUAAUUAUUGUACUCAUAAACUUGUUACUAUAAUCUUUAUCGAAUUGUAUACUGAUUACUUUUGCAUUUAAUUAUUAUUAAAUUUUUAUGAAAA